AUGCUUCUAACUCUGCUCAUCCUCAUCUCGACGGCUUUUACUGUACUAUUGCUUUUGCUGCCGUCUCAGCGCGAUGCUAGCGAUGAGAGAUGCAAGGUCGCAGUUGUGGUCCUCGGUGACAUUGGGCGAAGUCCGCGGAUGCAAUAUCAUGCAUUCAGCAUUGCAAAACAUGGCGGCCAUGUCCAGCUGAUCGGCUACAGAGAGACCGAUCCUCUGCCCGAGCUUUUAGCACAUCCCCAUGUGACGAUUCUAUCUCUUCGCCCGGCUCCUCACUGGCUGCAAACAAGCAACAAGCACCUAUUCCUCUUGUCAGCCCCAAUCAAGGUCCUGCUACAAGUUUGGACCUUAUGGCAGAAUUUGGGAUAUUCUGCCUCAGCCUCGAAGUGGAUGCUUGUACAGAACCCGCCUUCCAUUCCUACUCUUUUGAUUGUGUCGAUCAUCUGCUUCUUCCGGCGGACCGGGUUGAUUGUGGACUGGCACAACUUUGGGUAUUCCAUUCUUGCUCUCAAGCUAGGUUCAGAUCAUCCCAUGGUCACAGUGUCAAAGUGGUAUGAGGCCACCCUGGCAAAGGCCGCUCUUGCAAACUUUACUGUCACCAAUGCAAUGGCCAGGGUCCUGAGAUCGAAUUUCCGGAUCACAGCACCUGUACUAACCUUACAUGACCGACCGGCAAAUUUGUACCAGCCCUUGUUGGAGUCGGAGCGGCUUGCCUUCCUGCAACGUUACGCAGUCUUAGUCAAACAUUUCAACGCCAUAGUAGACAAGAAGAUGAGGCUCGUCGUUUCGUCGACCUCCUGGACCGCUGACGAGGAUUUUGGCAUCUUUCUUGAUGCUUUGUGCAGCUACUCGGCCAGUGCUACCUCUACACAUCCUCACCUUCCAGAGCUGGCCGUGGUGAUUACCGGUAAGGGGCCACAAAAACAGCUCUAUCUUGAAAAGAUCCGGGAUCUGCGCCAAGGAGACGCUUUAGAAAUGGUGAGCAUUUACACGGACUGGCUCACCUUUGAGGACUAUGCUCUGCUGUUAGGCUCGGCAGACCUCGGUGUAUCUUUACAUACCAGUAGCAGCGGUGUUGAUCUUCCCAUGAAAGUCGUGGAUAUGUUUGGUGCCGCGCUGCCUGUAGCUGGCUGGAACAAGUACGAGGCGUGGUCUGAGCUCGUCACCGAAGAUGUCAAUGGCAAAGGCUUUGGCAGUGCAGAAGAGCUGGCCGACAUUCUCCGUCAACUGUUCGACCCAAGUUCUCAGCAGCUGGCCAAACUGAAGGAGGGCGCUAGGGUUGAAAGCAGACGCAGAUGGGACACCGAGUGGGAUCCUGUCGCCGGCAAACUUUUGGGACUGACGAAAUGA